CAGCACAGUUUUCGAUCUAAGGAAAAUUAAAAGAAUCGAUUUUUUUUUAAACACCCAGUCACGUGAUUUGAUCCAACAAUUUCUUUCGAGAGAGAGAUUUAAAUGAAAGUAAAAAGAAAAUCACAAUAGUGUCUCAACAACCAUAGACAGUCAAUAAUCAAUAGUUGUUAGGUUAGGAAAACUAAAUUUGAGAACUCAUCAACAUAGCCUCAGUAAGAACACCGUAGUCUGGAACCCAAAUAAAAUCACAAUGUUAGUACACAUCUUCUUCAGCUUGGUUGCAUGCCUUCCACACAUCCAGGCAGCUGAUAAUAUAUAUAUCAACACAUACAUUGGCCCUGACGGCAGAUCAUACUUCACCCAACCUUUGUACUGUAACUAUAGCGGAAGUCUCUUAUUGUCUACCUACUACAACCAACUACGAAGUACAUACACCGUACGUGAGGACAGAAACUGCUGCUAUUUAUCCGACUCUAGAAAUCAAUGCUGUGUUCAAUCUGACCAACUUCUAUUCCAGUGUCGCUGCAGUCCUAGCAUAUCUUGUGGAGCUCAGCCUAAAGUAGACACAACAACCACAACACCCACCACAACCACGCCCACCACCACGCCCACCACCACGCCCACCACCUCUACAACCACACCCACAACAACUACCACACCCACCACAACUACCACUACAACAACCACAACCACUACUCCAACAACAACAACGACACCAACAACAACAGUGCCACCAUCGUUGUGUCCAACUCCUUCAUUCCGUAUACUUAACGGUGCAGCCGUCAACGAUGAUUGUUUCUUCGCUGGAAUCUCCAACAUUACCAUAUUGGUGACUAGUACCAACACAAGACGUGUCUCCUGCAAUGCUGUACUGACCACGACAAUCAUUGAUGGAGUUUUGAAAAAAACAUUUCUGACUGCUACAAUUUGUAAGAAUGUCAUCAUUUCCUCCCAAGCUACAAAUCUAAGCGUUGAAAUCUCAAUCGGCAAUCAAAAUUAUCCCAUCGUUAAUCCAAUUUUUAACCUAACUGACGGACCAAAUGGCGUAGCCUACAUUACCAUUAAUGACCGCUACAUCAAUCUUCUAAGUAGUCUGGGAACAUGUCAGACUACAGCAUGUGCUUACAACAAUGUCACAAUGUCUGGGAAAGUGGACUUCAAUGAUUGUAAGAUUGUCAGCUGGGGAGCUUCGGAUGCAGCUACAUAUAGUCAGAAAGGAUUGUUUGAGACAGCUUUAGAAUACUCCCCCCUUGGAUGUACAGCAAUACCAAAUCUUUAUGGCGCCAAUACUACAAUGUGUUUUAAAACUAAGAGUGGCAAAAAUCUCAUCUGUUCGGGUGACAGUGGCGCCCCAGUCUACUGCAAGGCUCCAAGUAAUGGCGAGUGGAUUUUAAUGGGUGUGGCUGCCCUUCAAACUGGAUGUAAUGCUACUCCUGAAGUCAAAGUCAUUCCAUAUCCUCGUUGAGAACAGCUUCUGUAAGAAUCGACUUGAGUUUUUCUUUGGUUCAGACAUAUUUGUCAUUUUGAUUAGGAUUAGGUAUCUUUAGGAUUAUCUUUUGACGCCAUGGAAUCAAAACACAAAUAAAAUGAGUUUCAUUUAAUAAGAA